AGAGAUCACUCAUCUACUUCAAGCGUUUACUUCGACUGAGCGUCUUCGCUCCCGACCGUAUCAAAGUUUCAACAUUCAUGUUCGAUAACUGACCUUCACUUGCUUUCAAAUAGUUCUGCAGAUAUUCUGGGUACCGCGACGCACUAGGCUUAUUUUCAACCCGACUUCUCUUCCUGUGACAAGUGUUGCACCUUGGAGGUCCAAACUCUCACAAGCAUGACUUCUCCAAGCUAUGAAAUGUCUAAUUUUGCUAACCCUUCGCCUCCACAUGACAUACGACGCUCUCUAGGUGGCAGUUUCUCAUCUGUAUACGACUCGCCUUAUUCUACUGCACGUCGAAGAUCUCCGUCUCCUGGUCCAUCUUCGAGGAGAUACGCCCCAUACGAUAGUUAUAUCCCCCGUGGGGGACCUAGCUAUCGUAGUGAUGAUCAUGCGAACAAUUACAGGCCAAAUACAUGGAGAGCAGAACGCUACAACAGCCGCAGUCCAUCCCCAGAUCGUUACGACCGGUCUCGUCCUAUGGAACCGCGCUUCUGGGAUUCCGGUUCCCGCUGGCAGUCGACUUGGCCAGAUCGAAGAUCCUCUCCGAGCCCACCACCACUACGGGAAAAACUUCGCAGAGAUACCAUGGCAGAACGAAUGUUUGAGCCAUCAGAGUCCUGGAAACAAUCACACGUCGAUCGAUCCUCCCGAUACGAAGUGUUGGAGCCCCCAAAUCCAAGGUUUCCGGAUUAUCGUGCCCGUCCUGCACGAGAUUACUCUCCUGAGAAGUCACCAACGUAUCCUCCCGUUCAUGGUGAUACUUAUCGUCCUUACCCUGGUGGUCAAAGCUACCGAGAACCACACGUACCUGUUCGGUCAGAUUCAUACAGACCACAAUAUGACGAUAGGCGGUCCCCGCACUUAGGUGAUAAACCGAACGCAGAUGCUUACUAUGCGCGUCGACCAUCCAGUCAUUAUGAUCAUGAUGACACCCGGUCUUCGACUUCCAUUGCUAGCACACCGCCUCGCCAUGCCGUUAACUCUCCUCCCCCAGACCCACCUAUCACCGAUCGUGAUGCCCGCAGACAUUCACCAUCUUGCAGACGUGCGUCACCCGCCCAUUCCGUAGCACGAUCUAGAGCAUCCUCGAUAUCUUCCGAACCCCCACUUAAAAGAUUAAAGUCGAGAUCUUCAUCCCGAUCAUCUGCUUCUUCUCGAGAUGAUGAAUCUGCUGUCUCCGCGCGUAAUGGUCUUAAGGAUAUCGUGUCAUCGAGACCACAUCGAGCUAGCACAAUUCAACAAGCACCCAUGCAUGUGUUGUCGCGAGGUCCUGAUCGACCUGGUUUCACGCCGAACACUUCUGCUGGAAAGGGUUCUAUACACCCUGAGCCUCUACCCCAUGAGUUGCCGCACGUGGGUGCCAAACCGGUCCAUCCUAUGAUGAACGGUGAGCUUAAUGGUCCGCCUUUGGCAUCGAACUUCCCGCGUUCUCCACCAAGUUUAUUGUCAGGAGAAGAUAUUGAGAUGUCUCCUCCUGGGCUUAUUUCUUCUCAUGCUCUCCCUAGUGACGUGGACUUCGUUUUUUUGGGAGAUUCAGCUGGCAAAGGGACUGAAACGCAAACCAACCAAACAUCCCCUCUUUUCGUUGAAGUGCAUGCCCAGCCCGUUAGUCCGGCUGUGCCCAGUCCUGCUUUGAAAUCCGUGGGGGUGGCUGUCAAUGACUCGCCGGCGUCCGCGACAGUGGCUCCUUCACCAGAAUCAAGAACGUCGGAGAAAGAUAUUGAUGCCGACUCCCCACGAACAUUAUCAGGAGACACUCCCUUGCUAAAGUCUGUUCCACAAAUCAUUACUACCAAGUCGGCUGGCAGUCCAUCUCAUGCCGAGGCAAGAGAACAAUCUUUGACUCCUGCACUUGACGUAGAACAGCCCGCAACGUGGUUUUAUGGUCGUCCAUCUUUUGCAGAUUCGGCCGCGAAAGCCCUCCGUUUUGUAGUCCUAACGAGGCUUCAAUGUGAUCGUCAGACGCGCGAUGAGCGUGUUGUUCCGGUUCUUAGGGCCAAUCGGGCGAUUCGCGAGCCUUCUCUGCCUUCGCCAAUUGACGCGCAAGACAAGCUGUUUCAGGAAUUUGCAGCUGAUCCAAGUCAUCAGGACAGACUGGCUUCUCAGUCCGUCAGAACGUCCUUAACAGCGCACUUCCUAGAGCGAGAAACAGCCCUUCAGGAAAAGCAGCGGAAGCUGAGAGAAGAGUAUCUUGAACUACAUCAGCAAUGGAUAGCCCAAUGUGCUCGGCUCGAUAACGUGUCAAAAGGCGGUCUACCUGAGGAAUUUAUGCCAGCUUCUGCGGGCGGCAGGUCAACCAGACGAUCGGCUGCCGUUUUGGGCGAUGCUGUUCGCUCUGAUCUCGAGAUGGAGCAGAUCAUUGCGAAUCUUGGGAUGGAGGAGCUGACGGAUCCAAGUUACUUGGCGAUCAAGAACGUCGCAAAGAUACCGGAUAUGGUUUCUGUCGUCGAUGGCUGUGGACCAUACUAUUACGACGAUACGAACAAUCUCGCGGACGACCCCGCGGAGUUCUACAGCUCAUCUUCGGCUCUUGACCUCUGGACGGAAGAGGAGCGCAUUGUCUUCAAGGAGAAAUAUGCUGCCCAUCCGAAGCAAUUCGGACUUAUUGCUCAACAUCUGCCCAAUAAGACUGCCGCUCAAUGCGUCACAUACUACUACUUGCACAAGCCACACGUCGACUUCCGUAAGGCUAUUGCACAGUACGGUGCAGGUCGACGCCGGAGGAAUGGCAGGGGAGCGAACAAGCAGAAAGGCAACGCGCUGCUUGCAGAUAUUCGCCGCCAUGACGAUGAAGUAUUGGCUGCCCACCCCACCUCUUCGGCUGUACCCAGCAAGCGUAGGAGGGCAGCUAUACUGCGAGCCAAUAUUGAACCUAGGAGAAACCAGUCUCGCCGGGGUACUGUCCAGCCUGACCAGACCCCGACGUCUUCUGGGACAACACCAGAUCCCGAAGCAGAUGAGCAGAAGCGCCGGCGGCGCUCCACUGCGGUUGCGCGUUCGUCAGGUCUUGCUCAAGAAGAGGCUGAACCUACUGAACCAGACGUUGAGGCUCCACCUCCAAAGCAAACUAGAAGAACCCGGAAGCCAAGAGCGCGCGCAGUCCCCACCCCGUCAGAGGAAGCCACCCCCGCUCCAGAACCCCUCGAUUAUUGCAAAUCGUCGUCGAUGCCGAUACCAUGGUCUAAAGACGACAAAAGUUUGUUCCUUGAGCUUCUAUCUCAACAUGGUGAUAAUGUGCACCACAUCGCUGCCUCCAUGCCUCACAAGGUCCGUGGUGAUCUGGUAGCAGGCUGUGGCGCCGCUUAGCUUGUCUGUCAGACUGCAGGGCAAGUCAGCCGU